GCUGUCGAUCUCUGUAUAUUUUUCGGUCUCAAUCGCCGCUCGAUCUCUCUUUGGACGAAGGAAGAAAAUGGCAGCGACGACGAUUCUCCGGUCUCUGUCCUCGACGGCUGGCCGGAGGCUCCGCUCCCUCUCGACGGCGACCUUUUCCUCCCUCUCCGCCGCCGCCGCUUCCCGCAUUACCACCACCACCACCACCACCAGCAUCUUUCGUCCGUCCCCCACCGUCAACCGCAUGUCAGAUUGCUCUUUCAGAUUGAACUUUAGACUUGCAUUCUCUUCAAAUGUAAGCCAGUUGCCUGCCAUAACUGACCCUGCCAUGGAAGCUGCAUUCAAGGAUUUAAUGGCCAUGAACUGGGAUGAAAUUCCGGAUUCUGUUGUGAAUGAGACAAAGAAGGCACUCUCUAAAGCUACUGAUGAUAAAGCUGGCCAAGAGGCAUUGACAAAUGUAUUUCGUGCAGCUGAAGCUUUGGUGGAGUUUGGUGGGAUUCUAGUUACUCUCAGAAUGGCGCUUGAUGAUCUAAACGGUUUAACUGGUGAGAACGUAGGACGCUUACCAGAUUAUAUAGAAGAUGCCGUAAGAGCUGCAUAUAAGCGCUACAUGGCAUAUCUGGAUUCUUUUGGCCCUAGUGAGGCUUAUUUGCGGAAAAAAGUUGAAACAGAGUUGGGAACGAAAAUGAUACAUUUGAAGAUGAGAUGCAGUGGCAUUGGUUCUGAGUGGGGAAAGGUUACACUUCUUGGCACUUCUGGGCUUUCUGGGUCCUAUGUGGAGCUUAGAUCUUGAGAAAGAUGCCAGGAGGUUGGCUGGGCUUCUGUCUUGGCUACUAAUGGAUAUUUUAUGAACUAUGUUUUAAAUAAGACAAUUGAUCAGUUGAUUCUCAAGUUGUACUUGCAAGUUCAGGAAAUUCCUAGAAGAAUAAAUAUGCUUGUUGCAGUUGAGUUGGAAAUGUCAUUCCUUCUCGCCCACCAAAAUUUUAAUUGAUCGCAUGAGUCUUCCAUUAUCUUUGUUGCAGUGACGUGUUGGGUUGUAUGUUCUUUGCUACUAAUUGAACAUGAGGCUUAUUUGAUCUUCUUCUGUUGCUUAAGAUAGAUCAUAAUUUCUAA